GGACUUGCGCAUUGACUUGCGCGCUGACGGAAGUCUCUCAGUUGCGGCCCUCCCCUCCGAGAGCGAACUGGGCGCGGUUGGUCGCUGGUCCUCUCUCCGUUUCUCUCGCUCUCUCUCCCUCCCUUUCCCCCGGUCCCCGGCUCCUUUUCUCUCCCCCUGUCCCUCCCACGGUCGGCCCGGCGCUUCGAGCAGUCAGCAGCGGUGUGCCCUCGUGAGUUCGUUGCUGGGGUGGAGUAUCCUUUAGGAUCCCUGCUGAGUAUCUGUCUGAAGAUCUGAGACCCAUUUUGUCUGGAUAAGAGGAUCAUCCUGACCAUUAUAUGUGGACGACUCCUUAAGAGAUAAAAGUGAAGAGGAAAAGCAACUCAUCCAGCGUGUUCUGAAGAUACCUUGGAACAAGGCACCAUCGUGGGAAAUCAUGCCCAAGUUCUACUGUGAUUACUGUGAUACGUAUCUUACCCAUGAUUCUCCAUCUGUGAGGAAGACACACUGCAGUGGAAGGAAGCACAAAGAGAACGUGAGAGACUAUUAUCAAAAAUGGAUGGAAGAGCAAGCCCAGAGCCUGAUUGAUAAAACGACUACUGCGUUUCAGCAAGGGAGAAUUCCUCCCAACCUGUUUUCUGCUCCUCCACUGGGAGGGCCUAUGAUCCCACCUCCUCACCCUAGCAUGAUGGGGCCCCCCCCUCCUGGAAUGAUGCCUGUGGGGCCACCUCCUGGCAUGAGGAUGCCCAUGGGAGGCCAUAUGCCCAUGAUGCCUGGUCCUCCAAUGAUGAGGCCCCUUCCUCAUCCCAUGAUGGUGCCCACACGCCCAGCAAUGCCCAGACCAGACAGAUAAAAUAGCAAAAAAAAAAUGUAAAGAAACCCAUUUCUCAGUUUUCUAUUCUUUGUUCUAUUUCACCAGAACAUCAUGGUGCUGGGUCUCAGACAUGGGUUUGUUUGUUUGUUUUUCCCCUCCUUCUCCUUUUAAAAUGUUGAUCACUGUUACUUUCCCCUGAUUUCCCUUCCCUUACUCCCCUAGUAUAUCCCUCCCUGUGAUAAAUAAGCACAGUGAAAAAAUUACACAUUGGAUAUCUCUCAAAAUUAUUCCUCCUUCUUUUCACCUAUAGUUUAAAAACACCUCUCUGCCAAAGGAAAGGAAACACUUUACCAGUCCUCUGAAGUCACAGUUGCAUAAUGCAUUGAUCAGAGUUUUGAAGUCUCAGUGUUGUGUUCCUUUAUAUUGUGGUGGUUGUGUAAAUUGUUUUCUUGUUUCUGCUUACUUUCCUUCUACCGUUAGUCCAUAUGAGUCUUUCCCAAUUUCUCCGACUUCAUUUCUUACAACACAAUAAUAUUUCAUUGCUUUCAUAUCCCAUAUGUUGUUCAUUUGAUGUUUCUAGAAUUGAGUAUCGUUUGCUUGCAGUUCUUUGCUACUACAUAAAGUGCUGCUAUGGAUAUUUUUGUAUAUAUGGGACCUUUCCCUCUAUCUUUGCCCUUCUUGGGCUAUAUGCCAAUAGUGGUAUCGCCGAGUCAAAGAUAUGUGUGUUUUAGUGACUUUUUAGAGUAAUUCCAAAUCAUUUUUCAGAACUGUUGGACAAAAUUCACAGCUCCACCAAAAGUGCAUUAGUGUGCCUAUCUUUCCACAGUCUCCCAUCAGUGACCAUUUUCAUCUUUCUCAAUCUUGAGUGUAAAGUGAAGCUUCGGAAUUGUUUUAAUUUGUUCUCUUUUUUUUUUUUUAGAGAGCUAGAGCAUUUUGUCAUGAUUGUUAGCUUGCAGUUGUUUUGUUUUUUUGGUUUUUUUUUUUUUUUGCAAACUGCCCCAGUGGUAGUUUCCAGACAUGAAAGAAGACUUCCCACUUUUUGUUGAAAAGAAACACUUUAAAAAGGAAGAGUGGGGGCAGAAAUGCAGCUUAUAUUUGUAUUUGUGGUGUAUAAAAAUAAAAGUAUUGACUGUUUCAGCAUUUAAAAAAAA